GAUUGUAAUACUUAGAUAGGAAUUACGUAGAUGAUGUUAGAUAAUAUGGAGACUAAACGUCGAAUGUCAGGAGGACAUACUUAUUUACAAUGGACUUUUUCGUUAUUCGCAAAUAUUCCACUUUUCCUCUACGGUAUUGAAAGUGGUUGGAUCUCUCCCAUAUCAAAAUGCCUCCAAUCAGACAAUUCUCCCACUGGAUACCCUGUCUCAGAUGAAGCACUCAACUGGAUUGUCAGCUCAAUGAGCUUUGCUGCAAUAUUUGGUGUACCAGUAUAUGCGUACAUCGCUGAUGCUUUUGGAAGACGGUUGGGGGUAAUAUUACUGGCACUUCCACAAGCGAUAUCAUGGAUUAUAAGACUGUCAUAUUCUUCUACGACAACUCUCAUCAUUGCCAGAAUUAUCUCAGGCCUAGCGUCUGGAGGUUGUUUCAAUAUUGUUCCAAUAUAUGUGAAGGAAAUAAGCCAAGACAAUAUAAGAGGAACUUUGGGAACUCUGUCGACUCUAUUACAAACUCUAGGUGUACUUCUCACAUUUAUCAUAGGAGCCUAUUUGGACUAUUUUACGAUGAACUGUAUCAUAAUGAUUUUUCCGAUAUUGGCCAUACUAUUAAUGCUCAAAGCUCCCGAAUCUCCUGCCUAUUUGGUAAAACGAGGCCAAAUUGAUGAUGCAAUUAAUGCAGUUGCUCUCUUGAGAGGUCUAAGCAAAGAUGAUAAAGAUGUCCUCAGUAUUGUGGACGGGAUGAAAAAGGAAGAGGAUUAUUUUCAAUCUUUACCUAAAAUUACUCUCCUAAAUAUAUUACGACGAAAAUCCUGGCGAAUAGCUUUUAUUCUAUCAAUGCUGACGUUCACCUUCUUUGAAUUGAACGGAGCAAUCGUUAUUGUCACAUAUGCCUCAACAAUAUUAAGUUCUACGGGGGUAGAAUUUAAUGUACGUCCAGAAAUACAGGCCCUCAGUUUUCCCAUUGUGAUGAUACUUGGCUCUCUUAUGGUUGCCACAUGCGUUGAGAGGGUUGGUAGAAAGCCACUUCUGAUAAUUGCCUUUUUAGUUUCCUCUGGUUCCAUGUUCUGUAUGGCGAUAAUGAUGUUAAUAGAAAUUAACGGCGGCUCUGCACCGGAUUGGCUGCCAGUUUUGGUUAUGAUUUUAUGUGUGUUUAUGUACAGUGGUGGGGUCCUGCCUCUAUCCUAUAUCAUGAUGACGGAGAUGUUUAGUUUUCAGAUCCGCGCCAAGUUGGUGGGCUUGGUAAUAACCUACGCUUGGUUCUUAACCUUUUGGGUGUUCCACAUUCAUGCAUUACUAUCAAACAAUCUGGGAAAAUAUUCUGCAUUCUUGUUUUACGGCUUGAUAAAUCUUGCUGGUGCCGUAUUUGCAUUUAUAUGGCUUACAGAAACGAAAGGGAAGACUGAAGAAGAAAUUCUAAAAACUAUAGUUAAAGGCACAAGAAGUAAAAGGGAUCAUAUCGAAACUCCUAGUGAUAUUUAAUAGGGCAUUAAAAUAAAUAAAAAUAAAAAUAAAAUCUCCAUUU